UGUGAGUACGUACAGGCUGUACCACGAUCAGUCCUUCAUUCAAGUCAUUGCUACUUUAUUUGGGCAGCGUUGAUAUCAGUUAUUGGUUAUCCUAGCAACGAAAACUUUCACCCAAGCACUAACCAAAUGCAGUCCUGUUCACUGUGCUGCCUCUAAGGGUAAUCUGAGCUGCUUAAAACUAUUAGUGGCUGCAAAAGCACCACUAAACAUGGCAAACAAGAAUGGAAACCAUCCUAUCCAUGAAGCAAUUCAUAAAGGACAUAUCGAUGUUGUGCAAUAUUUACUGGAGUUUGGUUGUGAUCCUAACUCUGCCAAUAAAAUUGGUAUGACAGGACUGCAUCAGGCGGCAGCUACCAAUAAUGAAGGAUUAUGUAAGAUGAUGAUAGACGCUGGCGCUAAUGUCAAUUUCAUCAUGACAUCAGAGAAGUACAAGUAUGUAACACCAUUGGACUACGCCAUUGACAGAGAAAGCAAUGAGUGCAUAGAAUUACUGAAAUCUGUCGGUGCAAGAAAAGGUUCUGAUAUCACAAAUGACGCUGCAAUUAUAAUAGGCAGGAACUAUAAAAGAUUAGUGAAUCGCAAACUAGAAGAGGAAAAGGAAAAAGAAAAAGAGCAACAAGAAAAAGAGCAGAAGGAAACAAAAAACGGUAAGAAGAAAAUGAAAAAAAAAAGUCAAGGACAGAAAGAUGAGUUUAAAAAAGGGGAUUUAAAACAGAAGACUGCAUUACAGACAAAUGUGGACAAGAGGAAUGAUGAAGUAGAUAAUUCUAGUGAAAUUGUUGAUGGUAACGACGUUAGUGUAGGUCGUAAAACAUCAGAGAAGCAUGUACGAAUUGAUAGCACUAAAAACACAGAAAAAGAUGAGGAUAAAAAAGACAAGAAAAUAAGUCCCUAUUUAGCACCUCAGCCAUGGAUGGACAGAACUCCUGCUGUCAGGAAGAGUGCUACUGGAUAUCAUUCCCAAAAUGGACAUCAUAAUGACUACAUUGGCGGGAAUUAUGAAAGUCCAAGGAGUAAAUAUGGAAAAUCACGAACAGAGAGCUGUCCGAAUACACCUAGAGAUAGCCUUCAUUCCUGGAACAGAGCAAAUAAUAACAAUAGAACAACUAAGAGUGCUGGUCCAAGAAUGGUUGGUGGGAGGAAUCCAAGAUCAUCUACGGCAAAUCCUGGAAAAAGGAGAUUUCCUCAAGGAUUGGAGUCUAAAAACGAGAAACAAAAAACUCUGGUUGACAUUUAUUUCCCUGCUGUUCCUAAUGGCAGAGGAUCUGAAUCUGGGAGAGAUGAUGAAAGAUCUCCUAGAUCACCAAGGUCUGGUUAUUCCCAUUCUCAACGGCAGGGUAGGAUAAAUCCUAUUGAUGUUGAGAAAGAUAUCGAAAAAAAGAUGGAUAACUGGGAUAAUUAUUUACAACGGGAAAUGUCAUUUCUUGAUGAAGUUAUACGAAGCAACCUUCCAGCUUUUGAUGAACUCCGAGAUGAAGCAGAACGAUACAAAGGUGAAUUGAUGCGUGGAGUGAAUGUACUUAAAGCCGAGGUGGACAUCAAUACAAAAAAAUUACAAGAAGAACUGAGGAAGAAUGAGGAAAAAGACAACGAAAACAUGAGAAAAUAUGAAGAAGAAAUCCAGGAAGGACUUGAGAAAGCUGAGAGAACUUUUAAGAGAGUGUCAUCCAAUGCAAGAAUUAUAAGUGUUGAAAGUCAACAAGAAAAUGAUAAACAAGAUGAAGACCUGAGUAAAGUAGUUAGCGUAAAAAGACCAACGUUGGAGCAGUGGUUACGAAGAAAGACAAUGGAUUACCAUUCACCACGAUACAAUGAUGACGAGUAUGAAGAUUUAGAUGAUUACAAUGAAAUGAGACGAAGCAAACAUGAAGAGUGGAUUCGUAAAAAAAAUGAAGAUUAUCGACGAAAGAAACAAGCCUUACGAACAAACAAUGUACAUAUUUAUUCUUCUAAAAUAUCGAAAGUAAAUCGACCAAUCACAUCAUAUAGAAGAGAACAUACACCAAGUUCACUUGAUACCAGACCUUCAACAAGUAAUGUUACCCAUGAAGACACCUUUGACCUCAGAGCUCCAAUUGAAAAUGGUGAAAGAAAAGGUCAGAAAUCUAAAAGUGGUCUGGUUCGUAUGGAAUCUUAUCAGUAUCAACAAAAUGUUAAAGACAAAAAACUUAAAGAUCAAAGGUCAAAUCGCACUUCAUCCCAGAUGUCAACUCCAACAUCGUCCCUAUCACCACGGCAAUCGUUAUCAUCUGAAGGCGCUGUAACUGGAGAAUAGAUGCUUGCCAUCGACAUUGAAAUGUGCUAAUUUAAAGCAUUGUAUUUUUAAAUACAUGUAUUCUGAUAUACAGUAGUUUACAAGGUAGUAUUUCUAACAGAGUGAAUAGAUCAACUGUAAACAGACAGCAUUAGUCUCUAUAUUAGCAUUCAAAAUGAUGAACAAAAUACCGGGUAACAUUAGAUGCUGGUCAAAAACAUCACAUUCCAUUCAGUAUUUCUACUUUGCAUUAUUUUAUUUAUUUUGUUAUUUAUUUAUAAGUGAAAGUGUAUAUUGUUAUAUGUUAUAAAACUUGCUAUGGAACAAAGAUAUUUACACUGUGCUAUACAUACAACUAUGUUUGGUAAUGUUGCAGCCAUCUGUCAGCAUUUACUGAAUACAUCACA